AUUUUGCCAGGCAUGCACUCCGACUUUUUUUUUUAACUCAAGAAUUUCAUUUUUUUUUAGGAACAUUGCAACUCAAAGUCUUUACAUACCCUUCAUCCAUGGCUUUGGGUGACUCAAAUAUCCUUAGACCUUCUACAAUUGUUGGUGACUCCUUACAGGGCAUCACACCAACCAUAAUGGGCAACAGAUUUGACUUUGAAGUCACCUUUGAGGGAUUAUAUGUGGCUCUUGGAUCCUCUCGGGCAACAACACGAAAAUUCAUCCCUCUGCCUCCAUUUUCGGGAAUUCCACUCAUUCAUGAUUUUCCUACAAAGAAGAAACAAGUCAUGGAAUCCAAGAAAAGAUUCCUCAAAAUCGACCCAAUUUCUUGGACUACCAACAGAGCCAGUUCUGAAGAAAUUUCCAAAUUACUUUGCACAACAGCCAUUAAAGCUAGAGCCUACAAAGUGUAUCACCCUGGGAAACGCACAGCUUUUCAGACCCCUGCUACUGCUAUGUGUGUCUAUUUAGACCAGAUUAUGUGUAGGCUACGGUUUCCACUCCAUCCCUUCAUCAUCCAGGUUUGUGAUGAAUUUUGUGUAGGUCUUCCCCAACUCACUCCACACUUGAUAACGGUUCUAAUUGCCUUCAUUGUGAAGUGCCAACUACUAAAUGUCCCUUUAAGCAUUGAGGCGUUCACCUUCCUGUUUCAGCUCAAACCUCUGGAAAGAACUAGUGCCUGGUACUACAUUUGCAGGAGACACUUAGAAUUUGAAGGUUUUGAAGGUAGUAGAAUUAAAUAUGACAAUUCAGUAUUACCUACUUCUCUUCCAACCUUAGGGAAAACCGAUUGGCAAGAAAGAUUUUUCUUUUUGGAGGGCCCAAAGAAUUCUAAUUUCCCUGCAAUUUGGAGGAAUGGUAGGACGAACACCCCAAAAAUUCUCCUUGAUGCUGAAUCAUACCUUAUCAUCAACAAACUCCUUAACAACAAUUCUAUAAAAGCAGAAGUCUUACUUGAUGAAGGCAAUCUCGUCAGAUCUAAAGUUUGGCACCAUCACCAUGUGCCUUCAACGGUCAUUAUCCUUAAUCUUCCCCUAGACUUUGAGGCUACAAAGAAACCUGAGACUUCCUUUCAAAAAAGCGAAAAAAGGAAAGAAAGCUCUGUAAAAGAAAAUUUGAAGAAGCUUUUCACGAACUCACAUGAAAAUUACCUCUCAAUUAAGAAAGAGAAAGACAAAAUUGAGAUAGAAAUGAAAGCUAACCAUUCUGCCCUGGAGGAAGCAAGGACAAAGCUUUCAUCUCAAAACGUGAGUCUUCAAACGCAGAUCGCCAAUACUUCAACUGACACUAUCCAUAAAUUUAAGAGAUCAGAAGAAGGUCAAACUUGGGCUUUGAGUGGUUGCAUAGAUCAUUUUCAUCUUGCUGUAUCCAUCAUAACAACUCUUAUACUUGAACGAGACAUGCUAAAAGGUGAUCAUAUUCCAAGUAUUCAAGAGCUUAACAUUUCUAAGGAAAUCAAGCAAGACCCAGGUUUGAAGAAAAUGUUUGAGGAUGGGGUGAAGAAGAUCUCCAAAGAAUGUUAUUUUGAAAAUGAGGGAGGAGAAUCUGCGGACCAAGAGUGCGAUUCCAGCAACCCUGAACAUGAAGAUUCUUCUCAAGAUGAAGCUUCUAGCUCUUAGUUUUUAUAUUAUUUCUUAGAAUAAAUUGUUUCCUUGAAA